AUGGAGGCAGCCAGUAAAGGUCACACUGACUGUGCUAAAGAGCUGCUCUCCUCAGGAGCCGUGGUGGACCUGGCUAACAAGGGUGGGUGGACUCCACUGUUGUGGGCAGCCUAUGGAGGUCACACUGACUGUGCUAAAGAGCUGCUCUCCUCAGGAGCCGUGGUGGACCUGGCUAACAAGGAUGGGUGGACUCCACUGUUGUGGGCAGCCUAUGGAGGUCACACUGACUGUGCUAAAGAGCUGCUCUCCUCAGGAGCCGUGGUGGACCUGGCUAACAAGGAUGGGUUGACUCCACUCAUGGAGGCAGCCAGUAAAGGUCACACUGACUGUGCUAAAGAGCUGCUCUCCUCAGGAGCCGUGGUGGACCUGGCUGACAAGGAUGGGUGGACUCCACUCUUGUGGGCAGCCUAUGGAGGUCACACUGACUGUGCUAAAGAGCUACUCUCCUCAGGAGCCGUGAUAGACCUGGCUAACAAGGAUGGAGAGACUGCUCUGAUGAUGGCCAAGAAAUCAUAUCGCCCUAACCCUUCAGUAAUAAAGCUGUUGGAGGAAGCUGCUAAGUCACAUGGCCAUGAUACAGUCAGAGAAGAGGUGUCUUCUAAAUUAGGACCAUCCGCUAAACGAGUCACUCUUCAAGAACUAGUAGAGCAAUACAAUCUGACUGACGAGCAACUCGACAGUGAAAUAGAGGUUCCCGAUACUCCCGAAUUGGCCUUAUGUUUUGAUGAUGUGGAACUUUAUUCAACUGCAAUGGGGCUAGCUAUUGCUGAACAAGCCGAUGUGAACCAAUCACGUGGAACUCAAGCAGCCAUGAUGAAGUGCUUGCAAAUCUGGAAACAACACAAUCCUUUUCAAGCAACUUACAGAGCUCUACUGGAUAUCGCACUGAGAUUGAGGAAAGGAGACACAGCUCAUCAAGUCUGUCAGCAAUUGACCAAACUCAAUAUUCAAAACCGAACCUACUUAAAAAAACUGGAUGAGCUGAUGGCCGACAAAAGUGGUACUAUAGAGCUACACUACCUCAAGACACACUUCAUUGGUCCCUCGGGUCUUGGAAAAACGACCACUCGACAGCGGCUUGUUGGAUCCAUCACUAACCUGUCUUUGCUGCCUGAAGAUCAAAGGAAACGUUGCAGUACAUUACUAGUCGAGUGUGAACAAGUAUUGUCCUUUGUGGACAAAUCUGGAACAAAGCUUGAAUUCAAAGCAUCUUCAAGUCUAGAGGAAGAAACACAGUUUAUCUUCUCUUACCUUAUGUCCUGUGAACCUAUUGAAGACAGCACUGUCAGCAAUACUAGUACACCUAAGGAACAGCCCAAAAAAGAAACCACUGACCCAAAGAAGCUAACUCAACUCAAGAUCGAUGAAGCUGCUACUGUACCCAAAGAAACAGUGUCACCAACACCAGAACCACCGGAAAAGGUUGUGAAAGUGACCACUGUAGAUGUUGGAAAGGUUGUCUCGAGACUCCGGAGCAUUGUGGGUUCAGGAGAGUACACUAAAGAGCUGCUGAACAAAGUCCUACUCAAUCUGAUCGAUAUAGGUGGGCAGCCUGGAUUCGUGGAGAUGUUUCCUUUUCUAAGCAAAGGCGCAGGGAUUUUCCUAGUAUUCUUUCGACUGGACAAAGACCUCGAUGACAUGUGUCAAGUCUCCUACGAACGAGGAAAGGACAAGAUCACACCGUACGAUUCAACGUACACAAGCAGAGAAACGCUCUCUCAAAUCCUGUCAGCUAUCAACUACCAUACCAAGAUUGACUCGGACAUUGACAGAGAGCAGUGUAGUAAACUGGGCAAUCUAGGCUCUGCUAAGCCUGUUGCUACCCUCAUAGGUACUUUCAAGGAUGAACUGGCAAUGCAAAUCAAAGUCGAUCUCCUGUACGAGAAAUGUUUUGCCUCCACAAAAGCUCUCAGCAAAAGCGAUAGUACCACUGCCAGCAAGAGCGAUAGUACCACUGCCAGCAAGAGUGAUAGUACCACAGCCGACAAGAGCAAUAGUACCACUGCCAGCAAGAGCGAUAGUACCACAGCUGACAAGAGCGAUAGCACCACUACCAGCAAGAGCGAUAGUACCACUGCCAGCAAGAGCGAUAGUACCACAGCUGACAAGAGCGAUAGCACCACUGCCAGCAAGAGCGAUAGUACCACAGUUGACAAGAGCAAUGGUACCACUGCCAGCAAGAGCCAUAGUACCACUGACAGCAAGAGCGAUAGUACCACUGCCAGCAAGAGCGAUAGUACCACUGCCGACAAGAGCAAUAGUACCACAGCCGACAAGAGCAAUAGUACCACUGCCAGCAAGAGCGAUAGUACCACAGCUGACAAGAGCGAUAGUACCACUGCCGACAAGAGCGAUAGUACCACUGCCAGCAAGAGCGAUAGUACCACAACCGACAAGAGCGAUAGUACCACUGCCAGCAAGAGCGAUAGUAACACAGCCAGCAAGACCACUGCCAGCAAGAGCGAUAGCACUACUGCCAGCAAGAGCAAUAGUACCACAGCCAGCAAGACCACUGCCAGCAAGAGCGAUAGUACCACUGCCGACAAGAGCGAUACCACCACUGCCAGCAAGAGCGAUAGUACCACAGCCAGCAAGACCACUGCCAGCAAGAGCGAUAGUACCACUGCCGACAAGAGCGAUAGCACCACUGCCAGCAAGAGCGAUAGCACCACUGCCAGCAAGAGCGAUAGCACCACUGCCAGCAGGAGCGAUAGCACUACUGCCAGCAAGAGCGAUAGUACCACUGCCGACAAGAGCGAUAGCACCACUGCCAGCAAAAGCGAUAGCACCACUGCCGACAAGAGUGAUAGUACCACAGCCGACAAGAGCAAUAGUACCACUGCCAGCAAGAGCGAUAGUACCACAGCCAGCAAGGCCACUGCCAGCAAGAGCGAUAGCACCAUUGCCGACAAGAGCGAUAGUGCCACUGCCAGCAAGAGCGAUAGUACCACUGCCGACAAGAGCGAUAGUACCACUGCCGACAAGAGCGAUAGCACCACUGCCAGCAAGAGCGAUAGUACUACAGCCAGCAAGACCAUUGCCAGCAAGAGCGAUAGUACCACUGCCGACAAGAGCGAUAGUACCACUUCCAGCAAGAGCGAUAGCACCACUGCCAGCAGGAGCGAUAGCACCACUGCCGACAAGAGCGAUAGCACCACUGCCAGCAAGAGCAAUAGCACCACUGCCAGCAAGAGCGAUAGUACCACUGCCGACAAGAGCGAUAGCACCACUGCCAGCAAAAGCGAUAGCACCACUGCCGACAAGAGUGAUAGUACCACAGCCGACAAGAGCAAUAGUACCACUGCCAGCAAGAGCGAUAGUACCACAGCCAGCAAGGCCACUUCCAGCAAGAGCGAUAGCACCAUUGCCGACAAGAGCGAUAGUGCCACUGCCAGCAAGAGCGAUAGUACCACUGCCGACAAGAGCGAUAGUACCACUGCCGACAAGAGCGAUAGCACCACUGCCAGCAAGAGCGAUAGUACCACAGCCAGCAAGACCAUUGCCAGCAAGAGCGAUAGUACCACUGCCGACAAGAGCGAUAGUACCACUUCCAGCAAGAGCGAUAGCACCAUUGCCAGCAGGAGCGAUAGCACCACUGCCGACAAGAGCGAUAGCACCACUGCCAGCAAGAGCAAUAGCACCACUGCCAGCAAGAGCGAUAGCACCACUGCCAGCAAGAGCGAUAGUACCACUGCCGACAAGAGCGAUAGCACCACUGCCAGCAAGAGUGAUAGCACCACUGCCGACAAGAGCGAUAGUACCACAGCCGACAAGAGCAAUAGUACCACUGCCAGCAAGAGCGAUAGUACCACAGCCAGCAAGGCCACUGCCAGCAAGAGCGAUAGUACCACUGCCGACAAGAGCGAUAGUACCACUGCCAGCAAGAGCGAUAGCACCACUGCCAGCAAGAGCGAUAGCACCACUGCUAGCAGAAGCGAUAGCACCACUGCCAGCAAGAGCGAUAGUACCACUGUCGACAAGAGCGAUAGUACCACUGCCAGCAAGAGCGAUAGUACCACUGCCGACAAGAGCCUAAAUGAACACGAAAAAAAAAAAGCAAUUCGGAACGUUUUGAAUCAACAGAAGAGUGAUGAGCAUGCUAACGUCAGUGCAGAUGACAUGGCUGCCAUUGAGCAAACAGUCAGCCAACACCUCAACUCAGACACUUUCAAGAAAGAUGUCCAAGACCGCUUAGAGCAAAAGUUGACAGAGAAAAACGAAGCUGUGACCAAGAUUACCAGCAAGUUUGAGAAAUUACUUUCAAAUCCAAAAGACAAGAAGUUCAUAGCAGUCGACAACUAUGAAGGCACUGAUUCUGAUAUGGAACCUCUUCGUGAACAUCUUCAUGGCAUAUUUAGUAGCUAUUUCAAAGAUGCCAAGCUUCGAAUUCGCCCACAACAGCUUUUGUUGGGAGUUGUACUGAGAAAAGAGUAUGACAUUGUGUCUAUGGAAGAUUGCAUUCGUAUCGGUACCGAGGGGUUAAAGAUGACAGAGAAGGAAGUUCGAUUCACCGUUUGGUACCUGGAUCGAUACAUUGGAGCUUUGAUAUAUCAUCCAGAGAUCAAGGACAAAGAUGGUUGGUUUGGAAACUUUGUCAUUUGCAACCCCCAAGUGGUAUUCAACAGCCUCAGUGUUUUCGUUGUCAAGCCGCUGCUGGAGCUCCAUUUUGAAGAGGGUAAUAUUCAGUUUAAUGAUAAUGAGAGAAAAAAUUGGAUACUCAAGGGUCAAUUCUUACUGAAAACAAUCACUCGAUGCCAUUCGGAGGAAAACCAGGGGGUGAAGAAAGACCAGUUGAUUCCUAUUGAGAAGCUGCUCAUACUACUCGAGCAUUCCCACCUUUUGGCCAAAAUCACAACAGUGGAGGAAGACCAUACCACAGAAGAAGUUGAAACGACAUAUUUCAUCCCCGCUAUUCUCAAGUGUGCAUCUCGCGAGGAACUAACAAAACCACCCCCCACUGGUAUUGAUACACCCUCUCCAAUCAAGAUCACAUUCAAACCCCAAUACGUUCCCAUUGGAGUAUUCUGUGCCAUGAUCAGUGAAUUGGUCUCAAGGGGGAGUACUGGAAUUCUGGGCAUGACAUGGAAACUUGCCGCUGAUACCUCAGUAAAGAGAAACCUCGUCUCCUUUCACAUUGACGAAUCUGCCAAGCAUUUUGUUACCCUGAUUUCUCACGUUGAUUGCUACGAGAUACGGAUUAUUCGACAGAAUCGAAAGUAUACGAUGCACGAGCUUUGUUCCUACGUCCUCUCAACCCUCCUGUUGGUGAUGAAGGACAUUAGUCCACUACUCUCUCCAAUCAUUGCCUUCGACUGCUACUGUGGCAGACAUGAAAAUGCCACGAAACUCUGUGUCCUCACACCUGGAUUAUAUCCCAGCUUUAACUGCACCAGUGAAGUUUCUCUGAGUCCUCACCAAAAAUGCUGGUUUGCAGAAGAAGUCAGCCUGGGAGAUUAUGUUACUCUCCUUGCCUUGCCCUAUGCUGAGGACCUAGAUCCAAGCCUCUCUUUCAAAUGGAGGAAGAGAAAUCCGAAAAUUAAAGGGAUAGAAAAUGAAUUGGAAUUUAAGGCCUCGUCAAAUGAUCAUUUCGAGGGCUUUAUCAGUUGUGAGAUCUCCAAGAACCAAAAGCAUUUCUUUACCGUGUACCACUGCCUCAAAGAGAGUGUUGAGGACACCUCCAGCUCUGAAACUGAUCAGCUGUUUGCAGAUGUGAAGGAACUGAUCAAAGAGAUACGCUCUGACUGGUACAGCCUGGCUAAAGAGCUGGACAUUGACUAUGCAACUAGGAAUAGUCUUGAGAAGGACUAUCGAUGGAUUGAGCCGUGCUUUGAGGCCAUGCUGACACACUGGGUGAAGCGCUCCUCUCCUCCCCCCUCCUGGUCUGCCCUUGUUAGAGCACUAGAGUCUCCCGCCAUUGCUCGUGGGGACAUUGCAACAACCAUUAAGACAAAAGCUACCAGCGACAUCUCUCCUGAUAUUUGUCAUCUCACUCACGGUAACGCUGGCUACAGUGUGCUGGUGAGCUGCAGUGAGAAGAUAGUCCAGUCACUCUCUGAGGACCCGAAGGCCUUGGCCCUCCACCUCCUGUCAGCUGGGCUCAUCACUGUGUCCAUUCUUGAGAAAACUAACGAGUUGAAUGAGACCAAGAGAGAGAAGGCCACCAGACUGUACACUACCCUGCUGAGUGUGGUCAAACACCACCCCCACAAGUACCACGAGUUUGUCUCCACUCUCAGACUCAACCCACUACACACUGACUUGGUCACACAAUUAGAUAGUUUGUCAAAGACAUGAUUAUAAUACGCAUGAGAUUGUGUUGUGCAUGCUUUUGCUUUAGUUUUAUACUUCUUUUACUGUUUUUAUAUUACAAUUUUUACUCUUAGCUUUUUGUGCCUUUUUGUGCUUUGAAUCUACAUCGUAAAUAAAAAAAUUUUGGUUGGA